CGCUUCUUUCACAGGCGCAAGGAGAAGGCGUAGUGCGGCAAGCUGUUACCGGGGCGCGGAGGGAUACAAGCGCCGGGCACAGGGGGGAGUAGUGCGGCUUAGUUACGCCGGUCCUUUUUGGCGAGUGGUACAUCCCCGCGUGAUGCUCCGCUUGAGACCGCGACGUUUCUUUUAAAAAAAAGACACCCAAACUGCGGGUGGGGUGGUCGUCGACGUUUUUGCUUAGCUUCAGUUGCGAGAGCCGGUUGAGGAGCGACAACUUUUCAGUGACGCACUCACCUAAGCCGCCUUUCCUUUCCCCCUCCUCUCGCCUCAAGACUGGUCGUACCACCAUUUUAUCUUUAUUUCCCCCAUUUCCCGCGCACCUCAAGACGUUUUAACGCCAAUCCAGCCGAGAGGGAGCACCUCUCAAGCCGUGCAUCACCUGCAAGAAGGAGAAGAGUGACUGCGCCAACAUGGGGUAUGGCCGGUCAGACAGUUACCGCGUUGCCACCACACAGGACAAAGACGACCGAUCCCCCAAGAAGAAGAAGGGGGCGACGACGGGAACCAAGGACAUGGACGACCUGAAGAAGGAAGUGCCGAUUACGGAACACAAGAUGUCCGUAGAAGAGGUAUGCAGGAAAUUCCAGACCGACAUUGUCCAGGGACUGACAAAUGCCAAGGCAGCAGAGGUUUUGCUCAGGGAUGGCCCCAACGCUCUCACCCCACCUCCCACCACUCCGGAAUGGGUCAAAUUCUGUCGCCAGCUCUUCGGCGGCUUCUCCAUUCUCUUGUGGAUCGGCGCCAUCCUUUGCUUCCUGGCUUAUGCCAUCCAGGCCGCCACUGAAGACGACCCUGCCGGAGAUAACUUGUACUUAGGUAUCGUGCUCACAGCUGUCGUCAUCAUUACUGGUUGCUUCUCAUAUUUCCAAGAGGCCAAGAGCUCCAAAAUCAUGGAGUCUUUCAAGAACAUGGUGCCUCAGCAAGCGCUGGUGAUCCGAGAGGGUGAGAAGGUACAAAUUAACGCAGAAGAAGUGGUGGCCGGAGAUUUGAUCGAAGUGAAAGGAGGAGACAGGAUUCCCGCUGAUAUCCGAGUCGUUUCAGCACAUGGCUGCAAGGUGGAUAACUCCUCCCUGACAGGGGAAUCAGAGCCUCAGAGCAGGUCACCUGACUGUACCCAUGACAACCCCUUGGAGACCCGAAAUGUGGCUUUCUUCUCUACCAAUUGCGUGGAAGGCACGGCACGUGGCAUUGUCAUUUGCACUGGCGACCGCACUGUCAUGGGACGCAUCGCUACCCUGACGUCCGGCCUAGAGACGGGCAAGACCCCCAUCGCCAAAGAGAUUGAGCACUUCAUCCACAUCAUUACCGGUGUUGCCGUCUUUCUUGGUGUCACCUUCUUCAUCCUGGCCCUCAUCCUGGGCUACACCUGGCUGGAGGCUGUUAUCUUCCUCAUUGGCAUCAUCGUGGCUAACGUACCUGAAGGCCUGUUGGCCACUGUCACUGUCUGUCUGACGCUAACCGCCAAGCGUAUGGCAAAGAAGAACUGCCUGGUGAAGAACUUGGAGGCCGUGGAAACGCUCGGCUCCACCUCCACCAUCUGCUCUGACAAGACAGGCACCCUGACCCAGAACAGGAUGACCGUGGCCCACAUGUGGUUCGACAACCAGAUCCACGAGGCCGACACCACCGAGGAUCAGUCUGGCGCCUCGUUCGACAAGAGCUCUGUGACGUGGCAAUCUCUGGCCCGCAUCGCCGCUCUGUGCAACCGCGCUCAGUUCAAGGCGGGACAGGAUUCGGUGGCCAUCCUGAAGCGCGACGUGGCGGGAGACGCCUCCGAAUCGGCCCUGCUCAAGUGUAUCGAGCUGUCCUGCGGUUCAGUCAGGAUGAUGCGCGACAAGAACAAAAAAGUGGCCGAGAUCCCCUUUAAUUCCACAAACAAAUACCAACUAUCCGUGCACGAAACUGAGGACCCCAAUGACAACCGCUACUUGCUGGUGAUGAAGGGAGCUCCCGAAAGGAUCCUGGAUCGCUGCUCCACCAUCCUACUGCAGGGCAAAGAGCAGCCCAUGGAUGAGGAGAUGAAGGAAGCCUUCCAGAACGCCUACAUGGAGCUGGGAGGACUAGGAGAAAGAGUGUUAGGAUUUUGCCACUUAAUGCUACCAGAGGACCAGUACCCAAAAGGCUUUGCUUUUGACACCGAUGACGUCAACUUCCAGACAGACAACCUUUGCUUCGUGGGUCUCAUGUCCAUGAUCGACCCACCCCGAGCCGCUGUGCCCGACGCCGUGGGCAAGUGCCGAUCCGCCGGUAUCAAGGUCAUUAUGGUCACUGGAGAUCAUCCAAUCACUGCCAAGGCCAUCGCCAAGGGAGUGGGCAUCAUCUCUGAGGGCAACGAGACGGUGGAGGACAUCGCAGCUCGUCUCAACAUUCCCGUCAGUCAAGUCAACCCCAGGGAUGCCAAGGCUUGCGUUAUCCAUGGCACUGACUUGAAGGAUCUCUCUCAGGAUCAGAUGGAUGAUAUUUUGAGGAAUCACACUGAGAUUGUCUUUGCUAGAACCUCCCCUCAGCAAAAACUGAUCAUUGUCGAGGGCUGCCAGAGACAGGGUGCUAUUGUAGCUGUGACUGGCGAUGGUGUGAAUGACUCUCCCGCCCUGAAGAAGGCCGACAUCGGCGUGGCCAUGGGAAUUUCAGGUUCCGACGUGUCCAAGCAAGCCGCUGACAUGAUCUUGCUGGAUGACAACUUCGCAUCCAUUGUCACUGGUGUGGAAGAAGGCCGCCUGAUUUUUGAUAAUUUGAAGAAGUCCAUCGCAUAUACUCUGACAAGUAACAUUCCAGAGAUCACGCCCUUCCUCCUCUUCAUCAUUGUCAACAUUCCCCUACCACUGGGCACGAUCACCAUCCUCUGCAUUGACCUGGGAACCGACAUGGUGCCCGCUAUCUCACUGGCCUACGAAGCGGCUGAGAGCGACAUCAUGAAGCGUCAGCCCAGGAACCCGUUCAGGGACAAGCUGGUGAACGAGCGUCUCAUCAGCAUCGCCUACGGACAAAUCGGUAUGAUCCAGGCCCUGGGUGGUUUCUUCUCCUACUUUGUCAUCUUGGCCGAAAAUGGUUUCCUGCCCAGUCGGCUGGUGGGCAUUCGUUUGGAUUGGGAUGACCGUGCCUGCAAUGACUUGGAGGACACCUACGGACAACAAUGGACGUACGAGCAGAGGAAGAUUGUGGAGUUCACAUGCCACACGGCCUUCUUUGUCAGCAUCGUGGUGGUGCAGUGGGCCGAUGUCAUCAUCUGCAAGACCAGACGCAACUCCGUCUUCCAGCAGGGCAUGAAGAACAAGAUCUUGAUCUUCGGCCUGUUUGAGGAGACGGCCCUGGCUGCCUUCCUGUCCUACUGCCCCGGGAUGGAUGUGGCCCUCAGGAUGUACCCCCUCAAGCCUUCCUGGUGGUUCUGCGCCUUCCCCUACAGUUUCCUCAUCUUUGUUUAUGAUGAAAUCCGAAAGCUUCUCAUCCGCCGGAACCCUGGAGGUUGGGUGGAGAAGGAGACCUAUUAUUGAUCGUCGGAGCAUCUUGUUGCUCAUCACCCUCUGCCCCGACCCUUCUUCCCUCCCUCCCUCCUUCCUGCCUCCCUCAUCUUGUUCCACCUACUCUCCUCUUUCCCCUCUUCUUCCUUUCCAGACAAAAAAACGAAACGCUUCGAAGCAAUUUUCAUCCCAACUGCCCCAAAGAUUCAAAACAGCAAAAGCACCUUUACGACUUUCUACAUCCACUCUGCCCCUUCCUCAACCUGUCCACCCCCUCCCAUAUGAUAGUCUUUGCAUGUGUUCUUUCACUGCUGUGUACAUAAACCAAUAUAAUAAUAUUAAUAAUAUCUACCAAACGGCAGCUGCAUAUUAUGUUAUGUAGAUUCCAAGGAGCCGACUCGGCUGAAAAAGGGCCACCCUCGCGUCCCACCAAUCCCCCCCCCCCCCCCCCCCAUCUCCCACCCUCAAAUCCCAGCCCUUGCACACACAAAUAGCCAUCACACAGACUGACUACCACCUGCGCCACAGUGUUGUUGUUGUGUUUAUUUUCUUAAAUGUGUCAGGUAGGGGGACUGAUUCACUGAUUUUUAUUUUGUUUGUUUUUUUAAACAGAGGGGUGGGGGGCACACCAAGGCAUCCCGCACCCCCCUCUGGUCCCCCCUCCCCUGUUUUUGUCUCGUUUGUGUACACUGUGUGAGAGCAUUGUUCUUGUUACUAUGACUGCCCCGACCCCUUCCAUUAACAAAUCUUCUGUGUGCUCUAGGAAAUCUAUAUAAUUCUAUACUGAAUUUAAAAAUGACACCCAUACAAUAAAAGAGGAAAUGUUGAAAAAAAAAAAAAAAGAAAGGAAAAAAAAAAAACAAUGAGAAAACAACCCAUUUUUUGCGUUUCCUUUGGCCCGUUCUGUUUCAAAAUGGACGCCGCUCAUGUAGGUGUGUGAAGAUGAGGAUGACGCCCUGGUCCAAGUGUGUGUGCGUGUAUGCGUCUCAGGCUGGCUGCUUCAAGGUUGAUGUUCAAGAGGGAUUGAAAAGAAUACAAAACAAAGUACUAUUACGAACGUGUGUCAAAUCAAUGAACACAACACCAAUAAAACGUAGAAACAUUUAAUACAACCUCA